AAUGUGCAAAAACCCAGGUCAAAGUCGCCAUUGUUUUCCGACCCACAUUCAUGGGAAUCAAAUCUAAACCAUUAAAAUCUCUAAAAGACUCCAUCCGACUCUGCGUCUUCUCUGUUCAAAGUUGUUUUCUUCAUCAUCUUUCCUGUCCGAAAAGGCAAAGCUGAUGGAAUCUGCAACUCAAAAAUGGACCUACUCUAUUCUCUACUUGGCAUUCCUCUAUGCUAUUCUCUACCUCCUCCAUACCUUUUUCCUUCACAAGUUGCUCGUUGGCAACCAACCCUUACGCCUCAAGAAGAACCCAGAUCUUCCCCUUCGUUUUCGCUCCGACGGUACCUUCAAAAUCCUUCAGGUGGCCGAUUUGCAUUAUGGGAACGGAGCCGUGACUCGGUGCCGAGACGUGUUGGAGUCUGAGUUUCAGUAUUGCUCUGAUCUUAACUCGACCCGGUUCUUGAAAACAAUGUUGGAAGCUGAAAAGCCUGAUUUCAUUGCUUUUACAGUAGGAGAUAAUAUAUUUGGAUCGAGCGCUACUGAUGCAGCUGAAUCCCUAUUCAGAGCAUUUGGUCCUGCUAUGGAAUCUGGACUCCCGUGGGCAGCGGUUUUAGGAAACCAUGACCAAGAAUCUACAAUGAAUCGUGAAGAAUUAAUGUUCUUCCUCUCCCUUAUGGAUUAUUCCGUCUCACAACCCAAUCCACCAGCUGAAGAAUCCUCCAAUCAUCAUAAAAGAGGAAGAAACAAAAACAUUGAUGGCUUUGGCAAUUAUAAUCUGGAAGUGUAUGGUGCCUCAGGUUCCCAUUUGGCAAACAGCAGCAUCCUCAAUCUUUUCUUUCUUGACAGUGGAGACAGGGAGACUGUCCAAGGAAUCCGAACAUAUGGAUGGAUCAAGGAAUCUCAACUUCGCUGGCUUCGUGGCUUUGCUCAAGUAUUUCAGGGCCAAAAGCAGGAUCUCAAUCAUUCACAUGAUGCUCUGAUUCCAACCACCCCACCAGCACUUCUGUUUUUCCAUAUUCCAAUCCCAGAAAUUAGGCAGCUGUACUACCAAAAGGUUGUUGGUCAGCUUCAGGAGGCCGUGGCAUGUUCCAUGGUGAAUUCAGGAGUCUUACAGACCCUUGUCUCCAUGAGAGAUGUGAAAGCUGCAUUCAUCGGCCAUGAUCACACCAAUGAUUUUUGUGGAAAUUUAGAUGGGAUAUGGUUCUGUUAUGGUGGGGGCUUUGGAUACCAUGGUUAUGGAAAGGCUGGAUGGCCAAGAAGAGCAAGGGUCAUAUCAUUGGAACUUGGCAAAGGAGAAAAAGAUUGGACAGGAGUACAGAGAAUCAAGACAUGGAAACGUCUUGACGAUGAAAAAUUAAGCAAGAUUGAUGAGCAAGUUCUGUGGGAGUCACAGCCAUCAGCAUGAGUUUGGCUACAGGAUAAGAAUACUGCAACUUGUACCAUUCACAUUGUAUAUCCAUCUUCACUGCCUGUUGUUCACUUGUAAUUCAUGUCAUAAAAUUCAAUUUGAUAUUGUGAGAAACAGAAGUAGCAAAAAUUCUUUAAGUGUUGGAUUUCGGUGAUUGAAUACAGCUGGCUGGGAAUACCAAGUUAUAAUU